AUGGAUAUCAGAUUACUUGAAGUUUUUCGUUCGAUUAAAAACAUCAUUUCAGAUGUUGAUAUAGUCUUACUAUUACUACUUAUCGGAUAUAGCAUCGUUGUCGUUAUAAGCUUAAACGAAAUUUUGCAAUAUUAUUUGUCUUUUACAACAAUUGUUGAGGACGCAGCAGUUUCAUCGGGAACAGAUAUGCAAUCAUUAUCAAACGAAAAAACACGCGACACGUUUAAAGAAUCUUCAGCGGUGAUCCCGUCAAACACAGAAGCAUCAAAUGAGAAGAAAUAUAACUUAACAAAAGACGCCUCAACUAAUAUCAUGUCAGAAGAAGCAACAACCGAGAAAAGACCGAAAGAUCUGGCUGUUACUAUUGCAUCAAACGCGAUUACAGAAUCCUCUUCGUCAGAUGGAAAAGAGUCUCAUUUAUCAAAAAACCCUUCCAUUGCAAAUAACGUUACAAAAGCAACAAAAGUUGACCGAGAAGCAUCGGCUGCGUCCGUAUCAAAUACCAAUACGCAAUCAAUAUCAAAUCAGACAGAAACACCGGCAGAAGUGUCAUUAGAUACAGAAACAGAUACACCGGCAACCGAAAAAGAAGCUGAUUUUCAAAAAUCUUCAGUUACAGGCAAAAUUGAC